AUGGGAGAUUUAGAAGAACAACAGGAUGAAUUGUUGGCUUUAGAAAGUAUUUAUGACUCCAGUGUCCUGUCAAUCAUAAAUGAAGCAGAUGAUAAGGGUGGACAGUUUGAUGCCAAGCCACAUCUACCAGAACCAUUUUACAUACAAUCUGAUCCUAUUGAAAAAGGUUGUCAUUCCAAAGAAGACAAUUUACAGAAGAUCCAGUAUUUACCUCCAGUGACCUUGAACUUUCAACUACCUAUAGAUUAUCCUUCCACAUCUUCUCCAGAAUUCACUCUAACUUGUAAAUGGUUGACACAUAAACAGUUAUCUAAAGUCUGUAAAAGAUUAGAUGAACUAUGGGAAGAAAAUACAGGUACUGUGAUAUUGUUUACGUGGAUAAACUUUUUACAUGAAGAACUUUACGAUUUCUUGCAAUUAUCAUCUCCAUUAGAUAUCCGGAACAUUGUUUCUAAUAGGACUGGAAAGUCAGUGACUACUUCUAGUUCUUCCAGUGUGAUAGAUAAAUCUUGUGAUUUAAGGUGUAUUCAAGACAUCGAAAGUCAAGAUUGGUUACUGGUAGCCAUCUUGGACUAUGAUAGUCAAAUGAAAACUGACGUUUUUAACAAGUCGGUGUUUUUAUGUAAUGUGUGUUUUCAAACGAAGCCAGGGUCGUCGUGUUUUCAAUUCAAUCCGUGUUGUCACAUAUUUUGCCGUGAGUGUAUGAGAGAUUAUUUUGAGAUACAAAUUGAUGAUGGUAAUGUUCAAGGAUUAAUUUGCCCUCAUGAUAAAUGUGAGUCUGAGGCCCAUCCCUGUCAGGUAAAAAAUUUAGUGCCAGAAGAAAAAUAUAGUCGCUAUGAUGAAUUGCUGUUAUCUUUAAGUUUAGAUAUGAUGAUGGACAUUAUGUAUUGUCCACGUCGACUCUGUCAGUGUCCAGUCAUGUUAGAAAAGGACUGUAAUAUUGGUCAGUGUCCAUCCUGUCAGUUUGUCUUCUGCCGAUUAUGUAAAUUAGUUUACCAUGGAUUAACUCCCUGCAAAUUAAAAGCUAAUGAAUUGAAAACUUUGAAAGAUGAAUAUGAAAAUGCGGACAGUGAAGGCAAAAAGCUUUUAGAAAAGAAGUAUGGUAAAAGAAUAAUUGAGCAGGCUUUAGAAGAGAGUAUAACUAGAGAAUGGCUAGAAAACUACACCAAACCUUGUCCUGCUUGUGGCUUUCAUAUUGAGAAAGCUGACGGAUGUAACAAGAUGACUUGUACCAAGUGUAAAAACUAUUUCUGUUGGUUAUGUGGUGACUCCCUAUCCCGAACCAACCCCUACAGUCAUUAUAACAUCAAGGGACCCUGUACUAAUCGCCUGUUUGAAGGAAUGGAGAAUGAAUUUGACUUUGAUGAUCCUAAUUUUGAUUGGUUUUAA